CUUUGAAUGACUCGAAGAAUUUGCGCAUCCAGUUUUGAAACUGCGACAUUCGAGUUAAUUUUAGAACCCGAGUUUCUUCUAUUUGUUUUCCCAUUUCGGUUGCUGCUGACAAUUUGCCAGUAAAGUGAUGAGAACUGUGAUUUCUGUUUGCAAGCAAACACCGUUCGCAAAUUUAUUAGAAAUCGCGAAUUUUGUAAUGACAGUACCCAGUCACUGAUCAGGUACGGAUUGGAUGCAUCUUGCCACUUUCUUCAGGCAGUUGACCAUGGAUCUCGAAAGUCAUUGAGCGUGACGUCACAGAGCGUGUCGUCAGCCUUGCAGCUGGUUCCUGCUGUCGAAGGUUUUCUGGUGAAGUGUCAGUAAACAAUUUCAUUCCUUCGCAUUGAACCAGAACAAUUCAGGAGAAAGUGUGGCGCAUUCUUUGUCAGUAUUGACUGAUCUGAUCCUACGACUCAUCAGCGCAAUGGCUGACAUUGAACAAGAUCCAGGCCCUGGUGUAGACCUGGACAUGGAUCAGUCUGUGCCACCUCUAAAUUCAGAAUCUUCAAGAAGUGGACAUCUUCCCUUUGAUGAUUCCAUUCUCCCAGUGUACCCAGAUCCCUCCAAAUCUUGUGUUCAGCAGUGGAUGGAUAUAAUGAGCAAGGGAACACUUUCUUACAAUGAUUUUAAAGAGCAUUGGCGGAUAUGGGUACCAAAAAUCUACAGCCCUGAACCGAAAGUUAAUUGUUUGGAAUGGACAUUUGAUGAGGAACAGGCUAAACAGGUUUUGUUCGACCCCUUGGAGCGCUUUAUUUGCGACGGCGAUCCCGCGGAGGUGCUGCAGCGCCUCAGCCAGAUGGAGAACCCUCCGUCUGUGUGCCGGCGCGUCUUCAAGAUGGGCGAGCCCACGUACAGCUGCCGCGAGUGCGGCAUGGACUCGACGUGCGUGUUGUGUGUGGAUUGCUUCAAGCAGUCGGCGCACCGUCACCACAAGUACAAGAUGGGCACGUCGGGUGGCGGCGGGUGCUGCGACUGCGGCGAUACAGAGGCGUGGAAAACGGAGCCCUUCUGCGACAUGCACAUGCCGGACCACGAGGAGGCGCAGGACCAGAAGCGGCUGCCCGAGGAGCUGCUGGAGCGCGCGCGCGUGCUGUUCGCCGCCGUGCUCAAGUACGCGUACAAGCUGCUGACGCUCGAACACACGCCCUACCCGCCGCGCGACCUGCGGGUCAAGGAAUACGAAGAAGACCGCUUGGGGCUGGUGGAUACCGACACCUACUGCACCGUCCUCUUCAACGACGAGACGCACACCUUCGACCAGGUGAUCACGACGCUGGGCCGCGUCAUCAAGUGCUCGCAGAAGGACGCCAUCGAGUACGUGACCAACAUCGACCGCGAGGGGCGCGCCGUCGUCAAGUGCUCCACGUUCCAGCACUGCACCGAGAUGCGGACGGAGAUCGAGCGGUUCACCUCGCGCCACGGCAACCGCCCGUUGAAGGUGUUGGUGGUGCACGCGCACGUGGUGGCGCACCAGAUCUACGCGAUGAAGCUGCUCGAGUGGCUGCAGAAGCUGCUGGGCCACGCGGAGGGCUUCCGCGCGCUCUUCAGCGAGGUGGCCCUCCAAGCCACGCCCCCCGACGCGUCCAUCGUGGAGGGCAUCCUCCUGCGCGACACGCACCUCUGGAAAUCCGCGCGCACCCACUGGCACCGGCUCAUCAUCUCGGGCAUGCUCAUGGAGUACGAGAGCAAGAAGGCCUUCGCCAGGGUCUUCACCAAGCACUACGGCACCGUCGUCAAGGACUUCAUGCGCGACGACCACGACCACUCUUUUUCCAUCGCGUCGAUGUCGGUGCAGGUGUUCACCGUGCCCACGCUGGCGCAUUACCUGAUCGCCCACGAGGAGGUGCUGUUCGUGCUGCUGAACGCCUUUCUGUCCGAAUGCUCUCGUAAGUGCAACAAGUCCGGCAAGCUAGAGUUCGAGCGCAACGUGCCCAACGGUACCUUCAAGCGUGCACAGUACAUUCUGUACGACCUGCGCUACCUGUUGAGCGCCAAGCCCACCGCGUGGACGGACGAGCUGCGGCGCGGUUUCCUCCAAGGUCUCGCCCCGCUCCUCAAUCUACUCACCAUGAUGCAAGGCAUGGACAUGGUGACGCGGCAGGUGGGCCAGCACAUGGAGUACGAGCCCGAGUGGGAAUCGGCUUUCAACCUGCACAUCAAGCUGGCGCACGUAAUCACUCUGGCGCUGGAGUGGUGCGGCACCGACCGUGUGGUGCUCAUCAAGGCGUACCGCGCCACGCUGAAGAAGCUAUACGAGAACCUGGGAUCAGACCUGUCGCAGGUCGGGGAGGUGCGCGAGCUGGCGGACCAUAGCGCGGCGUGCCUUCCCUAUGACGUGGCCACUCAGCCCGUGUCCAUCCACCUGCCCCUGUCGCGCUUCCUGGCCGGGCUCCACCUGCACCUGGAGAAGUACGACCUGACGUUCGACAGCCAGGAGUUCGCCGCGACGGGCUGCCAGAAGCCCACCCCCGAGCAGAUCAUCGAGCCCGUGCUGCGCACGCAGGUGAUGAUCUCGCAGGUGCACGCCGGCAUGUGGCGGCGCAACGGCUACUCGCUGCUCAACCAGCUGUACUUCUACCACAACGUCAAGUGCCGGUCGGAGAUGCUGGACAAGGAUGUGGUGCUUCUGCAGAUCGGCGCGUCUCUUAUCGAAGGCAACGAGUUCCUCAUCCACCUGCUGAACAAGUUCAACCUCGUCAACUGGGCGCACCCGCAGUUCGAGACGAACUCGCUCAAGAGCUCCGAGGAGGACAGCAUGCGGCAGACCAUCAGCCUGGUAGAGGAGUUCCUGGGCGUGCUGCUAAUGAUCGUGGGCGAGCGGCACAUGCCCGGCGUGGGCCAGGUUUCGGCGGACGACCGCAUCAAGAAGGAGAUCGUCCAGCAGCUGUGCAUCAAGCCGUUGCCGCACUCCGAGCUGAACAAGACGCUGUCGGAGGACGUGAACCACGAGACCGGCAUGGAGCGCGUCAUCGACCAGGUGGCAGAGUUCAAGAAGCCAGCGCACGGCCUGGGAAAGGGCGUGUACGAGCUGAAACCCACGCUCUUCGACGAGUACAAUGUGUUCUUCUACCACUACACUCGCGAGGAGCUGUCCAAGUCAGAGGAGGCCCAGCGCAAGCGCCGCAAGCAGGCCGGCGAGCUGGAGUGCUGCCCGCCGCCGCCGCUGCCGCCGCUCACCGACGCCUUCAUGAUGGCCGCCAACCUGCUGCAGUGCGACGUGAUGCUGCACGUGCUGCGCGUGGAACGCAACCGCGCGGAGUUCGUGGUGUUCACGGACCGCGCGGACAAGUGGGGGCUGGAGAAAUUGAUCGAGGAGCUGUGCUCGAGCGCGCGCGUGGAGGCGCACAAGGACCUGCUGGCAUGGACGCUGGCCAAGUAUCGGAAGCUGGCGGCGCCGCGGCGGGCGCCGGGCGAGGGCGCCGUGCCCGCGGCGCCGGCGGCAGAGGCCGGGGGCGAUGCGCCCGCGGGCGACGCGCCGGGCGCCUCCCCGCCCACCUCGGCCGUGGACGCCGGCCGCGAGGAGAAAGAGUGGCGCGCCAAGAUGGCUGCGCAGAAGCGCGCCAAGAUCAUGGCGCAGAUGACGGCCAUGCAGAAGAACUUCAUGAAGGAGAACGCCAAGCUGUUCGAGGCGACGCUGUCGGGGCUGGGCGACGCCGGGCGGUCGCGCGCGGGAGACGCGGCGCCCGCGGGGGCGGUGGAGGGCGACGAGCUGCGCGGCUCGUCCAUGGACCUGUCCGAGGGCCCCGACUCGCAUGCGGUGGCGCUGGGCCCGCACCAGUCGGUGCGCGCCGCCCAGCAACGCGCGCACACGUGCAUCCUGUGCCAGGAGGACCAGGCGGUGACGGCGGACGGGCCCGCGCUGGUGCUCGCCGCCUUCGUGCAGCAGUCGACGGUGCUAUCGCGCGUGCGGGAGCCCGGCGCCGCCAACGCGCCGCCGCCCGACGCGCUCUUUCUGCCCGCGGCACUGGGCCCUGCGCCGCACACCGGCACCUGCGGCCACGUGAUGCACAGCCGCUGUUGCCAGAAGUACCUGGACAACGUGCUGGCCAAGGAGAGCCGCCGGCCGUACCGCAUGCGCCAGCCGGCCUCGUUUGACGUGGAGAAGCAGGAGUUUCUGUGCCCACUGUGCGAGUGCCUGAGCAACACGCUGCUGCCGCUGGUACCGCCGCUCGCCGCACUGCAGCCGUCGCCCAAGCCCGCGCCCGAGCUGGCGCUGGAGCCCUGGCUGCAGGGGCUGCGCGUGGCGCUCAAGUACAAGCGCCGCCUGGGGCGCGGCCGUAGCGCGGAGCCCGCGUCCCCGACCCCCGCAGCUGCAGCUGGGACCGCCGGAUCGGCCGCGGCCGGCGCAGCUGCAGUCGCCGCCGCCGCCAGCGACGCGAGCUUGGGCUCGCCCGAGCCGCCCGCCGACGAGGCCGAGCCCCAGCCGCAGUUCUACACCUGCCCCAUCGACCAGGUGCUGGUGGAGAUGGGCGACCUCGCCGGCGACUUCGCCGCGCUGUUUCCGAGCGAGGGCACUCCUGACGGAUCGCCCGCCUCCUCCCAGCUGUCCGAGAACUUGUCCGAAAUGAUCCAGCUCUUCUCACUGGCAACAUACACCAAAGGAUUGGGAGUUCAUCCUCAUAUGGGUGACUCGAGGGUAACAUUAAUGGCAUGGAAAUCAUGUGCUUAUACAAUUCAUGCAUUGGAGAACCUGUUGCGUGAUGGUGGACGACCUCUUCUGGGUGGGCUAUCCAGCCGCCAGCAAGACUGCCUAGAAGGUUUAGUCAGACUAGUAGGAGUCUUAGCCAGCACAUGGCGACAUCCUCGUGUUCUGGGAAGCCAUGCCUUGCAAUUAUUGUCACUUCUUCUGGAGACAGUACCAGACGGACCUUGCUUGUUUGAGUGGGACUCUUUUGGAAUUCUUGUGCCCCUUACACUGUCUCUUCCAAGUCUAUUUUCAACUGAUGCACCUCCACCAGUUCCUACUGGUGAUGCCCAGGAUCUUAAUGUAUUGAAGCUAAUCUUUGCUGCAAAUGCAGUUAAAGCACUGCUUACUCUAGAUACCUCUUCCCUUGAAGAAGCCAUGGAUGUGGAAGAUGAUGACAAAGAUGAAGAAGCACUUCGGCCACUGAUAGAUUUAAUUAGAAGUGCACAUGCGGCUGCAGGUUUGACCCCUGACCUAGGUGAUUUACCAUCUGCUCGACAGCUAUGGGCUCACGUUCGGAAUGCAUCUUUACCAUUCUUACGUUGUUGUGCUCUUUUUUACCAUUUCUUGACUGGUGUGCCAGCACCACCAGCGUUGACAGAGGCUCAUGGAGACACCUUUGAGAAUCUCUGUUCAUACUUAGACUUGCCUGUUGGAGUUACUGAUCUACUGGGCACCUCUCUUGUUCAGGAACUGACAAGAGGUUGGUGUGAACACCCAAAAGUCAAGUGGUACCUCACAGAGGGAUCUGGAUCUUUACUAAGAUUGCCAGCACCUGUUAACCAACUGGUACCAUUGCCAACUGAUUAUAGUGAGCUCAUUAACACAGUGUCAAUGUUUACCUGCCCCAACAGUGACCGAGAAGACUCGCGUAAUCCUACACUGUGUUUAGUAUGUGAUGAAAUGCUGUGCUCACAAAGUUACUGCUGUCAAACUGAGCUAAAUAAGUCACUGGUGGGGGCAUGUACAUACCAUGCUCAUGAGUGUGGUGCAGGAGUAGGACUGUUCCUACGAGUACGUGAGUGUGAAGUACUGCUGCUUGCAGCCCCAGGACGUGGCUGCUUCCUGACACCACCUUACCUGGAUCAAUAUGGAGAAACUGACCAGGGACUGCGACGUGGCAAUCCUUUAACCUUGUGCCCUGAACGAUAUCGUCGACUACACACCUUGUGGUUGAGUCAUGGAGUGCAUGAAGAAAUAGCACGAGCCUUAGAAACGAGCAGUAAUGUGAUGUCAACACAAUGGCAACAUCUGUAAUUUUCAUUUCAGCAGUACCUUCCCACUGCAAAUCUCCUGGCAAGAUGCCUGUUUAUUUCCUGUUGCAAAUUUACUCAUCAGUAAACUAUUUAUUGAAAAUUUAUGUAUUUUUCUCCUGCCUGUAAAUAACACUUGUUAAAAAAUUAUGGGUGAGUAGCUGUAUAGUUAUUAAAGUUACUGUAAAUUGAUCGGUUUUGCUACAUUGGAUUAGAUGAAUAGUUGUUGAUUUUAUUUUGUAAUUUACUUGAACAUUUAAAAUUUGGCACACACAUUUUUUAAACCACCAAAACUAUGUGACCGUAAAUGAACGCAGUAGAGGACUUUUGUAAAAGAUGUCUGGAAUGUUAUUUUAUUUUUUUCUAUAUAAUUUCAACUUGACACAAUAAGAUGUCAAAGAUUAUUGUUUUUAAGAGUUCUUGAUUAUGAAGAAUAUUUGGAAAUGUUUACUUAUUGUAAUGCAUGUUCAGCAGAGAUGCAGUCUCCUGGAUGACUUAAAGAGAUGAGACUUGCAUAAUCCUUGAUAGUUUGGCAUUAACAACGCAUGAUUUUAUACUUCCUUAAUUUUUUUAUCUUGUGAACUUAGAGAUUUUAAUAUAUAUGUAUAUUUGUUACAGUAUUUGCUAAUUUUUGAUUUCUAACAAGCUACCAGUAAAUAGUUGUAGGUCCCUUACACUGGGGUGGAAGAGAAUUGAUCAUGCACAUGACUGCAAUAUGUUCUUGUAUUCACAGAGGUAGAGCUGCCUACUGCACAUUACUUCGAGGUGAAACUAAUGUUUUAUAAGAAACUGAAGAUAAUGGCAGCACAGUAUUAGAAACAUCAAUUCCCCUUCUUUAUAGUGCAACAGCCUGGCUUUACUAUCUUCUUUGCAUAAUCAUGCAACAUGUGGUUGUUGUUGUUUUUUUGUUUUGUUUUGUUUUGUUUUGUUUUUUCCCUCUUUAUUGAAAAGCAUGCAUAUUUCCUGUAUGAUGGUUCUGAAUCAUUAUACACUUCUUUGCAUGCCCGUGUUUGAUUACUUGUUUAGGAUUGUGGGUCAGUUUGGUCAAUGCUAGUUUUAGUAAUUAUUUUCUUAAUAAACUGUUAGUAACAAUUGCUACAUCUGCGCUUUAAUGCAUGCAUCUUUCAUCCUAGAACCUACUCCUACCAAUUUUAACUUGCAAACAUUUUCCUCUUUGCCUCUUCUUCUGUCACUUUAAUAGGAUUAAUGCUUUUCGGUGGAAGAGAAAAUCUUUCAUUGAUGUAGACCACUAAGAAGCAAAAGCUAAAUUGAAGAGUGCAGGUUUCAGUGAUUAGAGUUGUAUUUGGCAUAUUUGAAAGCACGCAAUCAGAUAUGUUAGUGACACUUCAGUCUGUGUGUAUAAAUAUAUGGUGUUUUAGAACUCAAUCUCAUUGUAUGGCUAGAAUUAAUUUGUUGCUCCCUGAAGAGUUUGGAUUCAAGAUUCUUUGUUUCAAGAGUAGGCAGUGGCUACAAGAUAUGCUGGACUUGACAGGAGUGCAGUCAGAAAUUAAUUAUUUUUCUUCUUUUUCAUAGGUAUUGUGCUGACAAUCCUAUAACUUUCAUAUUCUUUAAGUAAUUGUUAUAUUUAUUUUGUUAUUGGCAUGACUUUGACUCUUUUGAGUUUUAAGAUUUUGUAAUUAUAGGAUAUGAAUGACAUUUCAUGUGAUAUCUUGGAUGAGCUGUUUUGGAAUUAAAUGUGUAUAAAGAGAAAAGGAAUAUUAAAGAUCAUGAAAUGUUCUAAAGUACAUUGUUUUAAUGCAAUUUAUAGAGAAAAUGUUUGGAUUUCCUAGCGAGUAGUUUUGUAUGCCUACGUAAGUCUGUUAUCUUUCAGUGAGAAAGCUUCUGAACCUGUACCAUAUAAUUGUUAAGAAGUAACCAUAUCAAUGGUUUUAAUAGAUGAUAUAUUUUAAGGAGAGAGGGCAUAGGAAUUACAAAAUUCUUUUUAGUUAGGGCUUUUAAUUUUUCUUCAAGCAAAUUGUCAAUAUUAUUGGUACCCUUUCAAAGUUCAAAAAUUUAAGGAAGUAUAUUACUUCUUUUGUGUUGAAAGAAUUGAAAUCUUUUCUCUGAAAUUUGUCUGAAAGUAAUACAUUAGAAAAUGUGUAUCAAACAUUGAAUUGACUUAACCUGUACCUAAAUAACGAGUAAUUAGGUAUGAAGAUUUUACCAGUUUGGUUUGUCUAGAUCUUGUUUCCAAAAUAUCUGCCACUUUGUAUUUGCAAGUGAAAAACUAGUUUUCUAAUUCCGUAUUGUUUUUUUGCUAGAAAAUUAUUUAAAUAUUGGGCUAACAAAUUGUGUUUAGUUCUAGGAAAACAAAUGGGUACAUUGGUUUAGAUAGUAAAUAGCACAAAUUCACAGUGGAAUUUCGUUAGUGCAUUCCCCAUCACAUAUGCUCACGUAAUGCAUCUGCAUUUUUGAGUCCCAUCCCAAUUCUAUUACAUUACUUGUUGACAGGUUUAACAAUCUCACUUAAUUCAUCCAAAGUUUGUCAGAAUCCUGUUCUGUGAUCUAGGUGUUUUCUGGUGUAGAAGUAUCAUCUUCAAUGUGCAUUGUUUUCAAUGCGCUUUGGGGUGCAGCUUAUGUUAGUUUAGGGUAUUGUCAAUCUAUCUGAUUACAGACACUAAACCAGAGAAACAUGUCCUGUGCCUCCAUGCCAUCUUAAUUCUUUGUUCUUGUGAUAUGUCAGGUUACUAUGCGUUACUUUGAAUUUGAUUGACUGAGGAUCCUUUUUUAUGUUAAUGUGUAUUGUUUUUAGUGUUUAUAUCUGUAAUUCAGAUUUUAUUCAGUAAAUAAGUUUAUCUCCUGUGUGUUUG